AUAUAGUCAUUUUUUCUGUAAACAAACCAAAGAGCACUCUUGUUCCUGUGAUUCGGCACUAAAGAUUUGUCUGCAGAUUUCCCUAAUUGGGGCAAGUCAGAAGUGCACGAAAAAAUUUUUGCAGGUCCUUAUAUUUUUUUUUGAAAACCAAUUCGGGUCCACUUGGCAUUCAUAUUAUGGAGACCAUCCAGACAUUUACACAGCAAACCAAUCUUGCUACAUUGCUUGGAGUGCAUUUGGGAUUGUCUCUUUUUGGUGCCUUAGCUUCCAACCCGACUUACAAUAUCCCUGUAUUCUUCUUCGGCAUCUGGGCUUAUAACUUUCGUGAUUCGAACGCGCCGUUGAAAACGUUCACAGGCGUCCUCGCUUUGAGUAUUCUACUCGAUGUUGUAUGGUUUAUUUUGCACGGACAUAACCCAGCUCAGGAAAGUGGGUUUGUGUUUGUUAUGAUUAUGAACAUCAUCAGUUUGCUUGUAAAGCCUAUCUCUGUAUUUGCAGCUAUAAAUACGCUCCAAAGUCGCGGCGAUACGUUCAAUGCAGGGAGCUGGUCCGAUGCACCUGGCGCCUUCCCCGGUGCUUACCAGCCAGUAAGAGACGGAGACGAAGCUUUUGCUUAAAAAGACCUAGUUGUUGUUAUCCCGCAUUCGGCUGCCAUGCUACAGCAUGACUAGUUUACCAUUCGCUUUGUGUUACAGCAGAAUGUUGUGAUGCAGAUCCAUGCAUGUUCUUCCUCAAAGAAAAAAAAAUGAUAAAAAAAAGAUAGUUAUGACUCGUUUUGUUUUACCCGUUGCCGAAAAUUUCAUGCUUUAUAAAGUUUUCCAAGUGGGCGCUCGGCCGUAAAUCCGAGUGGUUGGCUGGCAUUCAGAAUCUGAAAUGGAAAAAGGUACUGAUUCAGAUAAAUUUUCUUUUGCAGAUCAAACAGAUGCACUCUGCUACGGAAA